AUGACAGGAGGAUCCCCAUCAUCGUUGGAAGAUCAUGACCACCAUUUGAGGAAGAAGAGAGUUGGAAAGGCAUGUGACUCGUGCCGUAUAAAGAAAACUAAAUGUGAUGGUAAAAAGCCAUGCAAUCGUUGUACGUUGGAUAAUAAAAUCUGCGUCUUCACGGAGAAGAAGAAGAUUAAAGACAAGUUACAUCCCAACGGAUAUGUGGAACUACUCGAGACCAGAUUAGACUUGUUGACGAAGUCUUUGGAAAAGAUGGUUCAAUUGUCUAGACCUCAUUUACCAUUCUUAGACGAACUUACAGAUGAAGCUAGUGAAGAAAAUGAAGCUGUGCCCAUUAAUAGGGUCGUGCAAUAUUUGAUCGAUAAUGAGGGAUUAUUAUAUAAAGUUCCAGUAGAAUGGGAAAAUGGCGCGCUAAUUGCAGCCAACUUGGAAGCGGAUUCAAAGAAUAUUAAAGAGGCAGCAAAGAAAUUCUAUGACCACAAGGUUAACGUAUUAGACAAACCUGGUAGAAGAACUCACUUGGAAGAAACUAAGGCAGAGGAAAAGACGGAUGAAAACAAAAAUGAAAAGAAGGAAGGAAGGCCCAGUAAAGAAUUUGAACGUUUUGAAGAUAAUGAGACUAGCGAUUAUGCGCGGAUACAAAAUGGCUCAAAAUUGACGGAUAAUUUAAAUGAAGAUUUAUCGGACGGCGAUAACUCUCCAACUUCAACCAGUCUUACUGAGAAGUUAAAUCUAGAUGAGUUUUCACUUGGAGGUUACUCAUCUAAUAUGCUAUUGGGCAAUGCAUAUACUGACAUAUUUUCUGAUUUUGAAAGCGAUUCGAACAAUUCGGUAACCUAUGCGCAUAAUAUACCCAUUGGUGAUGGCCGGGACAGCAAUGGUUAUAACACGGGUAAUGCAUCUCUUUUCAGUCCUACAUCAAAUUCGAAUUCCGUGACUUCAUUGACUAAUGAGUUCGAGAACCAUGGUAUCCAUUCACCUACAAGCAUAGGUGCAAUUUUACCCUCCCAAGCACAUACUUCACUCAGGAGAUCAUCUUCUCUAAAUAAUCAAAGACCCUUUUCUCUGUCUCAUCAGAAAAUGAAGAAUAAUGGCCAUGUAUAUAAGCCUAAUCAUACCGUAGGUUCACAUUCACAUUUGAACCUGGUAUAUGUGAGCAAUAACGUUAAUGAAUUUCAUCUCCAGAAGAAAUUCAGCUCUUCUAGUUCAAGCGCAGCUCUGACGCCAGCUACAAAUACAAUUUCGCCAAGCAGCACAAAGUUGGAAGAGAUUUCAUCGUUACCUUCUGAUGCAUUUAAGUUGCAAAAUCUUAAUUACCAAGGAUUGAAUGUAAUGGAUACUGAAAAUAUAGACAGUUUCAUGAUAAACAAUCCCUUUAUGAAGUGA